AUGACCAAAUUUGUCUUUUAUUUUGUUAUUAUUUCUGUGAUUUUGCAAGUAAUCGAACCGGCGUUAACUGUUUAUCCAGUCAAGAUCGGUGAAACCCUAAUUCUCGAUAUUGGUCGAGAGGUGAAGGAAUGGAAAAGGGUCAGAAAUGGAAUCGAAGAAACUAUCAGACCAUGUGGAAAUAUCGAUAAAAAAUCAGAUGCCCCUUGCAAUGUUUGGAUGACAGCGAAUUCCAAAAAAGCUAGCGACGGAAGAGAACAUAUGAAUGAGAAUGGAACUUUGGUAAUUGACAAUUUCCAAGAAUCAGAUUCCGGUGAUUAUUUCUCGAAUGAUGAGUUGGAGAGGGUCCAUUAUACCGCGGAUGGGCAAAUUUGGAAGUUGGCCAGAUCGAAAAUUGCCGUUUUCCCGCUUGAUUGA